UUGUUUUUUCGAAGACAAGCGUCUUUGCAUGGAUUCUUGAUUUCUUCACGGAAUUGGCUCUUGAGAUGAGAGGGGGCGGCGGGAGCGGGGGACAGUGUUUUUAACCUCGGAAAAUGGUGACGGGUAUUUGGUAAAAUGUCAAAACGCUGGGGCAGUGACUAUGUUGUCACGGAACAUCGGGAUCUGCAGGCGAAUACCAUGGCGGUGGAUGCCACCGGUAGCUAUCUUCUGCUGGCUGGACGAAGGUGUUUCGCUGUGAAACAGUUGGGCGAGGGGUCAGAUAAUCUUAAAAAAUUUACGAGACAAAGUAAAUAUGAAGUUGGAUCUGCAGAGUGGAACCCCACGUUACCGAACUGCCAUUUGUGUGCAAUUUCGAGCAACACUCGAGUGGAGGUUCUGAGCUUCGCUGGUGGAGGUGGACAAGACCUGCAGACAACCCACAGUCUCCGAGCCCACACUCGAGUCGUCAGUGACUUGAACUGGCACCCAAAGGAGCCGGACAUCCUCGCUUCCUGCAGCAUAGACACGUUCAUCCACAUCUGGGACCUCCGAGACCAGCGUAGGCCCUCCCUGUCCCUCUCAGCAGUCGCAGGAUCCUCCCAAGUGCGAUGGAACCCCCUCUCCCCCCACACCCUGGCCACAGCCCACGACGGAGACGUCAAAAUCUGGGAUCAAAGGAAGGGAAACAGCCCGGUGCAGUACAUAGCGGCUCACUUAACGAAAAUUCAUGGCCUCGACUGGUGUCCCUUCCAGCAGAACCAGCUGGCGACGUCCAGCCAAGACUGCACAGUUAAAAUCUUCGAUAUAACGAACCCCAGAAGAGCCGAGGGCAUCCUAACGACGAACUCCCCCGUCUGGAGGGCUAGGUACACACCCUUUGGCGAGGGUCUAGUGACAAUCGUUGUUCCUCAGCUCCGAAGGGGAGAGAACAGUCUUCUGCUAUGGAACACUUCUAAUUUCAGCGCUCCAAUCUACACUUUCGUUGGCCACACUGAUGUGGUCCUCGAGUUCCAAUGGAGAAAUCAAAAAGCAGAUAAUAAUGACUACGAAUUGAUCACUUGGUCGAAGGACCAGUGCCUCAGGAUAUUCAAGAUCGAUCCCUUCUUGAAGAAACUUUGUGGUCAUGACAUGGACGACACUACCUCAGUCUACACGCAGUAUUCAGAAGACACCAACUUGAGGGCUCUGAGAUCUCCUCAACAGAUAGCUCUUCAAGAUCCCCAGAGUGAGCCUGAGAUGAAAUUCGCGUCCAAGUCUGAUGGACCUGUCAUUCAGAGCGAAAUUGUGACGGUGGAGAAUGAGAAGGAGGUGCCUUCGCCAACUCAACCGAAGACUCUUCAGCAGGAAUUUUCGUUGAUCAAUAUGAAUAUUCCCAAUAUUGAACUUAAUGCUAUGGACGCUGUGGAGAGGAGCUGCACGGUUACUGCGAGGAAUAAGAAUUACAAUGUGAUUUUGAAAGUCAAUUUUCCAGGGAAUUAUCCUUGCGCUGCGCAGCCCACUUUCCAAUUCUGCCCUGGAACGACUGUUGACAAUACCACGAUGGCUAAAUUGCUCAGGGUUUUGAAGCAAACGGCGCAGCAGAGAGUGAGGAAGAAUAGAUCUUGCUUGGAGCCGUGUCUCAGACAAUUGAUAACUACGUUGGAGCAGACUUGUGCCACUAAUGAGAGCGAGGUCAAUCAUCUGGGUUAUAUUCAGGCGCCUACGGACUUCUUGGCCUCAUCGAAUAUUCUGUCGAAUUACCAGGACACGUACAUUCCUUUUCCGAGAACAUCUGGGGCCAAGUUUUGUGGUGUGGGGGUGCUAGUCUGCUUUGGAAGGUCGACUUACAGCAGGAGAACGUCGGUUAAGCCUGAUGGAAUCACUCCCAGGGCACUCUCUGCUCUGGCAGCGAUCGGAAAUGGACCCUUCAUGAAUAUGUAUUCGGGGUCGUUUGGACAGUCUGCGGACACCAUGUCCAUCAGUUCUUUCUAUUUUCAGGACAGGCAAAAAACUAUUAGGAGAACUGCACACGGUUCGAGUAGAGCACAAAGCAGGAAUUGCUACAAGAAUUUCUAUUCGAUAGCAACAGUCUACGACGCAUCGUCUCUCUUCUUCGUGAACAAGGAACUCGCUGAGAAGUACAUCAUCAAUAUUACGGAUAUUCCUGGUAUGUGCCAGCACAAUGCCAAUGUGGCAGCUUCUCUAGAGCGACCGGACCUGGUGCAGGCGUGGUACUUAGCUUCUUUGGUGAUAUCCUCACCCCUGUCGAACAAUUCACAAAGUUCUUGUUAUAUGGAUAUCGUGCCUCCCUGGCCGUUGCAUCCCUUUGGGCAAAAUUUAAUCCAUUCUUUAAUUCAACAUUACGCCAAUCAAUCCGACGUUCAAAUGGCUGCAAUGCUGAGUUGUGCUGUCAGUUAUCGUUCUGAAAACCACGACAACAGUCAAACACUCCCAAGUAAAUCAGUCAACAUCAGCAGGCUAUUCACUGGAAAAUGGUGGUUGAAGCCAGGGGGAUCGCCCUAUCACACCAUUCACCCAGCAGACACGAGCCUCGAGGGCUGGAAUUUUCAAAACCUCAAGCAAAAUCGUUCGAACUCUUGGUCUGAGUCACUGGAUGAUUUGAAACUGACUCAAGACACUUUUGGCGAGACUGAGAGGAGUCUCAAACUUCUGGAUGAAAAGAACACUCUUUUGUAUGAUUGUUACAAGAAGGCUUAUGCUGAGGUGCUGCACAGGUGGAGGCUUUUGGAUGCCAGGGCACAAGUUCUCAAGCACGUUAGCUUGUCGCAUAUAGAUACGAAUAAGGAUGUCGAGUUUCAGAGCGAAUGCCAUCUGUGCACGAAGACCAGCAGGGGACCCCAGUGCUCUCAUUGCAAGAGAUUGACGUUUCAAUGUGUUAUUUGCCACAUUUCUGUUAGAGGUCCAAGCAAUUUUUGCACCGUCUGUGGUCACGGAGGUCACACACAGCAUCUAGCCGCAUGGUUCACCAAAGAAAGUGUUUGUCCAACUGGCUGUGGCUGUUCCUGUCUGCAGGAAAGUACUUCACUACUUAAAAUGUAAAUUUGUGUAAUAUAAAUGAAAAAGACUGUAAAUUAGUUACGUUAACUAUUAGACUCCAUGUAUCUCAUGUACAUUCUGUAAAAUACAUUUUUCAUACUGAAUA